AUGAACGGAAAUUUAAAUAGUUAUGUGAUUGGAGUCGACCACGUUCGUUUCCAUGUCGAUAACGCUCUUCAAUCCUCGGCCUAUUAUUGCUCUCAUCUCGGAUUCACUCCGAUGGCCUAUGAAGGUCUUGAAACUGGAAACAAGGAUUUUUGUACUCAUGUGGUAAGACAGAAUGAAAUUAUACUGGCCUUUACAUCGGCUCUUCAUAAGGCUCCCUGUAGAUUGGAAUUGAACACCCAAUUACAUCCCUAUUUAUAUACGAAUUUGAGUCAUUGCCGACAUCAUAGGAUUGGCUCAUCCACCAACCAUCAUCAUCAUCACGAUAACAACUACAAUACAAUUCAUAACAAUUCAACCACCACCACGAGUGAUUCUCCAUACAUACAGAAUGAUCCCAUUUACAAAUUCUAUGAAUCUAUUCAAUCCCACGGAAGUAAUCAUGCUCAUGACUUGGCCUUGUUAGUAAGCAAUGUUGAGAAGGCUUUUGAACAAGCUUGCAAACAUCCAAAAACCAUUCCACUUUCUCCUCCUACAAGAAUUUACUGUAAUCAUUCCGAUGAUGAGGAUUAUAUAGAGUUUGCUUGUGUGGCGACUCAGUUCGGAGAGAAGGCUUGGAUUCAUACACUCAUCAAUCGAGAUCAUCAAAAAGCUUCACCAUUUUCGCAUCAAGCUCAUUGUAAUGGACAUUCCAAUCAUCAACAUUAUGAGGAGGAACAACAGGGUGUCUUUUUACCUUCCUUUAAGAAUACUUGUAAACGAAACGUGUCGAGCAUUGGUAAUUAUUUGGAAUAUUUGGAUCAUUUUGCAAUUGCCAUUCCUAAGGGAACUUUGGUUGAAUUAAUUGGAUGGUAUUCACAAGCUUUAGGAUUUGAACGUUUCUACAAUAAUGAUGAUGAGGAUCAACAAAAAGGAAUUCAAAUUAAGAGUUCAGAAAAAGAUUUGGGUGGCUUAACAACCAUGGUUGUGGCACCCUCAUUACUUUCCUCUCUGAAUAGACAUAUUGAGCUACACGGACUCGGAGAAGAUGACAGAAACACCAUCAGUGAGAAGGAAUUACACGAAAGAAGAGAACUUAUUGCUUCGAAGGUCAUGAAGAAAAUGAUUAAAUUUGUCUUGAUUGAACCAGUGAACACCAAACACUCAAAGAGUCAAAUUCAGGAAUUUUUGGAUUAUCAUGACGGACCAGGUGUGGCACAUUUGGCUGUUCACACAGAAGAUAUUAUCAAUGCCGUGUCCAAAUCAAGAAAGGUUGGAGUUGAUUACAUAUCUGUACCUCCCACAUAUUACAAGACAUGGAGAGAAGAGAAAGCAGAGCUCUAUAACAUGGUUGUUGAAGAUUGGGCUCUCUUAGAAGAGAAUACCAUUCUUGUGGAUGGCAUUGUAUUUCCAAAAGAUCAAGAUUUAGAAGACACUGCCGAGAAUUCCUCUUCACACAGUAAUAAUUUCCGUUAUCUUUUACAAACAUUUACCAAACCAAUCGAAGACAGACCAACCUUCUAUUUUGAAAUAAUUUCACGAAGAGGAAACAGUGGCUUUGGUAAAGGAAACAUCAAGGCACUCUUCGAUGCCAUUGAACGAUUACAACUCGAACGAGGGAAUUUGUUUAUCGAUUCAAAUGGAAGUAAAUAG